AUAUACUCGAUUGUUUCCACCGCCAGCUUCGACAGUGGUAAUCGCCGCGAGACGACGAUAACUCCACGCCGUUCGCGAUUUUCGGUGACGCAAGUUUACGCUCUUCUCCAAAGUCGCUAAACGCGCCCACAGGUUAGGCUUAUCUGGGAUAGUAGAAAGUGAAAUAGGUAGUUAAGACGUUCAGUAAGUGUGUUAUUAUUUGUUAAAGUUGCCGUUGUGAACAGUGAUAAAAAUGUAAUGAACCAUCGACUGCACUGAGACUGUUGGACUGAUCCGCAUAACAUAAACUUAUCUUUGACCUACCAUAACGAGUUAUGAACAGUUCAUAUUAAGGAAGGUAAUUUGAGGAACAGUUUAUACUAUAUCAGAAGAGAACAACUACUAGAAUUCAAAAUUGAGGGAUGCAGUCAACGCCGAUGCUAAGGUCCUUUAGUUCGGAUUCCGCACACAAAAGGGACUGGAAGCAACGGCUGAGUUUGCGGGACAAUCGACGAAAGGAUACUGACUCAAUUACCAGCCGCAAGGGCUGUACACGGAAAUGGACUAGCUUAAAAACGAACCCCAAAUUCGGAGCGGACGUCAUAGGGGAUGGAAGUGGCACCAGUGGCUCUUUGUCGACGCCGUCUUCCACGGCGAACACAAGCCCCCUGUUGCCCUCUAGUUCAGAGGGGGUCCGUAAAAGCAAUUGGCAGGUUAUUGAACAUUUCGGUUCUAAAGACAAAGGAAGUAUUUCGUCUAGUCUAAUAGCAGUUGGAGCCAUUCCAAGGUCUCCUCCUGUACGGGAAAAUGGAUCUGCUCCCAACUCCAGUCCCGAUUUGGAAGGCAAUGAGGUUGAAGCUGAACUACUGGUUUCUCCCAAUCAGGUUCGACAGCAAAGUGGGGUUUUCGCCAAACUCAGAAGACUUAUGAAAAAAGUUUGCAGUACUCAUCAGUUCAGGAAUGAACAGGUUGAAAUGCUCUACCAAAGAUAUUUUCUUAAAAUGAACCAAAGCAACAUGACCAAUCUGAUUACUCUUCUCCUUAUGAUUUGUGUUGUAAUGCUGGUAAUCUCUCUGACAGACUUCGCCAUGCCCCGUAAAUUAGCUACAAAUUCGACAGAAGUGCAUGCGACACAGUAUGAUAAACUCUUAGUACUCGUUUGUACAUCAGCGUGUUGUAUAGCCAUAUAUGGAAUUUUACUCAACGUGGUAUCUCGACCAGCCAUGAAUGAAGUUUACCUGAUCAUAAUUUCCUAUUUUAUACUAGUUACUUUCGUUAUUCUUGAGAUUUGUAUUUCAUACUACUUCGAUGACAAAAGACCACUUUUAGGAUCAUCGUUUACCCUCGCUACCACAUAUUUGACUUACGCAUUAAUGCCGAAUAGACUUAAGGACGCCUUGUUAUCUGGAUUCAUUCUAGCCGUAGCAGACCUACUCUUGUUAGUGUACGUUGGGACCAUGUCUGGAAUAGCAGACGUUACAAGCUGUUUUAUUAUUCUUCUAUGUGGAAAUAUCGCUGGAGUUUGUACUCAUUACCCCAGGGAAGUUGCACAGAGAAAAGCCUUUUUAGAAACACGUCAAUGUAUUGAAGCUAGACUAAAAAUUCAAAGAGAAAACCAACAACAGGAACGUUUGCUGCUGUCAGUUUUGCCACGUCACGUUGCAAUGGAAAUGAAAGCUGAUAUCGCUGGACAGCCAAAACAGGAACAGUUUCAUAAAAUUUACAUACAAAAGCACGAAAAUGUCAGCAUUUUAUUUGCCGACAUAUGCGGGUUCACGACUUUGUCCGAUCAGUGUACAGCAGAGGAACUCGUACGAAUUCUCAACGAGCUAUUUGCACGGUUUGAUCGGCUAGCUGCUGAACAUCAUUGUUUAAGGAUAAAACUACUUGGUGACUGUUAUUAUUGCGUUUCUGGAUUGCCUGAGGCACGGCCAGAUCAUGCACACUGCACUGUAGAAAUGGGACUUGAUAUGAUCGAUGCCAUAGCCCUAGUUAGAGAAGUCAUGAAUGUAAACGUGAACAUGAGGGUUGGAAUUCAUACAGGAAGAGUGCAUUGCGGUGUCCUGGGUUUGCGAAAAUGGCAGUUUGAUGUUUGGUCUAACGAUGUAACAUUGGCAAAUUACAUGGAAAGCGGAGGAAUCCCUGGGAGGGUCCAUAUAACCAAAGAAACAUUAAGCUGCCUGGGAAAUGACUAUGUGGUGGAGCCUGGAAAUGGUGGCGAAAGGAAUUCGUAUUUAAAAGACCACAACAUUGAUACUUACCUAAUUGUUGCACCAUCUUACAGGGGGGAUACGUCCAUCCCGUACCACAAUCACCCAAUGAAUGGCAACAUCGCUAAAGAAAUGCGGAUAAUGGGACACGGAUCACAACACGGACAUUCAUCGAAGCUCGGAUUUGGUGAAUCAACUGAAAGAGAAAAAAAUCCCGAAGACGAAGUUAAUGAGUACCUGAUGAAAGCUAUUGAUGCCAGAAGUAUUGAUAGAUUAAGGAUAGAACACUGUCGCACGUUAUUACUUAAUUUUAGGGAUCCUGUAAAAGAAGCAAAGUACCUACUUGAAAAGGACAGAAUGCUCACUAUGUAUUUUUACUGUUCAACGUUUUGUUUCAUCACAGUAUUACUAGUGCAAUUAGUCAUAUUUAAUAGGCACGAUCCUGCGUUAUUCUAUUCAACUCCUAUAAUAUUUCUACUAGUGUUAAUUCCCUUGUUAGUAUACAUGAACAACAUUAAAAAACGGAGAGGAUUUUCCACAUUAUUCUUCGUCUCAAGGACAAUCCACAAAAAUAGAAAUGUUGCUCAAAUUUUUUGUUUUGUGAUGGCCGCCUGUAUAUAUGGUUUGGUUAUGUUUCGAGCGUUUUCCCUUUCAAUCGAAGUCCAGUGUUUGAAUUCAACAUUCGAAGGACACAAUAAUUGUACAAACGAAAAUAAAGGCUGUAGACAAUAUUACCUUAUAGACUAUUUAAUGCUCCUAGUUAUGGUUUCCAUGAUAGCAUGUGCAGUAUAUCAAAUUUUGAUUUCACUUUUAAAGGCAAUCAUCUUGUUGGGAGGAAUGGCAGGAUUUCUAGCGGCUUAUUUUAUAUAUAUUAAAAACGUAGAUUCCAUUAUUUGUCUCUACAGGAGCAGUGAACAUACCUUUACUCAUCAGUAUAUGAACAUAGUAGUAUUGGGUGGUUUUGUUACUGCUCUAAUUAUUCACGGUCAACAAACAGAAGCUACAUAUAGGUUAGAUUUCGUUUGGAAACUUCAAGCUACAGAGGAAAAGGAAGACAUGGAGCAUCUGGAAGCUUACAAUAGAAAGCUAUUGGCGAAUAUACUGCCUGUGCAUGUAGCAGAACAUUUUCUAAAUAGUGACAAAAAUAAUGAUGAACUGUAUCACGAACAAUGUGACUGCGUGUGUAUAAUGUUCGCAACGAUUCCAAAUUUUUCGGAGUUCUACGUUGAACUUGAGAGCAACAACGAGGGAGUUGAAUGUCUACGUCUUCUUAAUGAAAUUAUAGCUGAUUUUGAUGAAUUAUUGUCAGAAGAACAAUUCAAGUACAUCGAAAAAAUUAAAUCUACAGGGUCUACGUAUAUGGCGGCUUCAGGUUUAACUCAAAACACUUGUGAUAUGCACGACUACAAACAUGUUACCGCAAUGGCUGACUACGCCCUUCGAUUAAAGGAACUACUCGAGGAGGUAAACGAACAUUCUUUCAACCACUUUAGAAUUAGAAUCGGUAUUAACGUUGGACCAGUGGUCGCUGGAGUAAUAGGAGCUCGCAAACCGCAGUAUGAUAUUUGGGGAAAUGCCGUCAAUGUUGCCAGUAGGAUGGAUAGCACCGGAAUUCCAGAUAAAAUACAGAUCACAAAAGAAGUAAACCAGAUUCUACACGCAAAAGGUUAUCCAACCAAAUGUCGAGGUACAAUCAAUGUUAAAGGUAAAGGAUCGAUGGAAACUUUCUUUCUCGAAGGUCCUGUCAAAAAUCGACCUAAUAUAACUCUAAAUCCUUUAGCUUCGAGUUUCGACGAUAAGUCAGAAGAACCAAUGAGGACUACUUUAGGAACUAUUUCUGAAAAAAACUAAAGACUUACAUUUUCUUACCUUAUCUUGUAAUUUAAAAUGCAUUUCUAUACAUUAGGUCUUAAAACUAUUUUUAAUAUAUGGAGAUACUCAUCAUAGGAGAGAAUAGGUAUUUAGUUUUCUAGAAUAUUAUGUUUGCAUUAUUUUAUUUAAAAUUGUUACCAAAUAGAUGUAAUUAUAUCGAAAAAUAAGUCUU